AUGGGUGCAAUCGCGAACUUGCGCCACAAAAUCUCUCAUCACAAGCAUGAAUUGGGUGAAUCGCUUUCCAAUCACAGUGAUAGACACCGGCGAGGAGGACCGGAAAAAGAUGUUGCCGAUGUAGUCCGACAAGAGGUCCAAUGGUCUAGCGCAGAGGAUGAGGAAGAGGGCGGAGAAGAGGACGACCGACGCGGACACGGCGAUGCCAUGAAAAGCCUAGAUGAAUUCCUGGACAAUGACGACCCUCCCGAAGCGAAGAAGCGAUAUGGCAAACUACCAUUGGUACAGUCUCAAGAUGGCCCGAUCGACGAUGACGUCUGGAACGCGAAUUGGAUUUCGCUCGCAGAUAUUGACACCAGUCUCAUUGGCAAGGAAAUCACUUUUCGCGCUCGAAUUCACGUUGUGCGACACAUGAGCGCAAGGCUGGCCUUCGUGGUGUUUCGCCAGGAGACUACCACGAUACAGGGCGUGGUCCGCGCCAUAGACGGUGGCAUCUCUGAAAAUAUGGUCCGGUGGGUGGAACACAUGCGAGCAGGUUCCAUCGUCAUCGUCAGGGCCAAAGUCAAAGAGCCCGAACAAACUGUCAGGGGUACAAGCACUUCGGAUGUGGAACUUGAGAUCUCACAGAUUCUGCUGGUCUCGGCGAGAACGGCUCCUGUACCCUUCAGCGUCUACGAGGCUGACGCAGCGACUGACGGUCACUCUAUAUCCGAUAGGGUCAGGCUCGCGAAUCGUAUUCUCGACCUGCGAACACCAUCAGCACAGGCAAUCUUCCGAGUUCAGUCGGUUGUGUGCAGGACUUUCCGACGCCACCUCGAGGACCGUGGCUUUUUGGAGAUUCAUACACCAAAACUACAGGGCGGAGCGACUGAGGGCGGCGCAGACGUCUUCAAGCUCGAUUACUUUGGUCGUUCGGCUUUUCUGGCUCAAAGCCCACAGCUUGCCAAACAAAUGUGCAUCUCGGCAGAUUUCCCACGUGUCUUUGAAGUUGGCCCUGUCUUCCGUGCUGAAAACUCAAACACCCCCCGCCACAUGACCGAAUUUACGGGACUGGACCUGGAAAUGGCUAUAGACAGGCACUAUCACGAAGCAAUGUGGUUAAUUGAUGCGACACUGAAAGACAUCUUCAAAACACUUUAUAACUGCAACAGGAAGGACAUUGAUACCCUGAAACAUCACUUCCCACACGACGACCUGGUCUGGCUGGACGAGACACCGAGAAUCACAUUUGCAGAAGGUGUCAAGUUGUUGAACGAAUCAGGUUGGACCAACGACGACGGAAGUCAACAGUCCGAGCAUGACGACCUGCCGACCCGGGGCGAGCGAAGACUCGGAGAGCUAGUCAAGCAGAAAUAUCACACUGAUUAUUACAUCCUCGAUAAGUUUCCCGCAGCCGCACGUCCCUUUUACACCAUGCCGGAUCCCAAAGACGGGAAUAUCACCAAUUCUUUCGAUUUUAUGGAGCGAAUGGAAGCCCAAGGCAUGGACCCGGAUGACUUGAAGGAAUAUGUGCAAGCCUUCGAGUGGGUGGCGCCGCCACACGCCGGAGCUGGUAUCGGGCUCGAACGUCUUGUUGCGCUGAUCCUGGACCUGGGUAACUUGCGCUAUGCGUCACUGUUUUCCCGCGAUCCCAAGAGCUUCCCUGCGAAAAAGGAACCAAACCUGCGACAUCCCGAGGACAGCACUUUGCAUCGUCCCAAGGGCUAUCUCCAGCCGGUCGAGAACUUGGUAGCAAAUUACGGGGACGCCACGAACACUUCUUGGAUGGAUGAGAGAUACCAGAUUUGGCGGGAUGACAAGACGGGUGCAGCUAUUGCCUACGUUCCUACACAUGAUCGAGCAAUUAUUGCCGGAAACCCGCUGUGCGAAACAUCCCAGCUUGAAGACGUGAUUGCCGCCUUUCUGAAGUGGCUUCGGCGCGAGACUCGGCUCCGGCCUCUUUUUAUUCUUGUUGACAAAGAAAUCGAAGAGGUUCUCGGCGCUAAAAUGGGAUGGAAGAGCUUCACCAACGUGGCAGAGCAGCGGGUCAAUCUUGCUAAUAAUGAGCAUUUGACUAUCAACAGCGACGUUGACCGCAAGAUCCGCCACGCCUCGAAAGAAGGAGUGAAAGUGACAGAGUACGGCAGUGAGGUACCAGAGGACGUGCGCUGGGAAGUGGAAAAGCGCAUAAAAGAGUGGCAGGAUAACCGCGAGGGCGCACAGGUCCACUUGAGUGUGAUCACGCCGUUCAAGGAUGCGUCACACCGCCAGUACUUUAUCGCCAAGGACGACCAGGGCAAAAUACACAGCCUGGUGGUGCUCGCACAACUUGCACCUCGGUGGGGCGUGCAGGUUAAAUGGGCGCUCGACUUUCCCGGUGCGACCAAUGGAGCAAUCGAACUGACUAUGCAAGCCGCUCUCAAGGCCGCCGCGAAGGCUGGUUACAAGACGUGCACGUUCGGUGCCGGCGCAACCGCCAAACUGAGCAGCGAGCACAAUGUCGGCAGUGUCAAGGCUGCCACGCUCGACUCGCUGUAUCAGACCCUGGCGGCCAAGUUCAAUCUGGACAAGAAGACAGGGUUCAGGACCAAGUUCAACACUCUCGAAGACCCGCUCUAUCUGUGCUACCCGCCCAGGGGCUUGGGACCAAAGGGUGCUCACGCUAUCAUCGACUUCUUCCAAGGGGAAGAAUAG